AUGUAUAAUCGAAAAAUUCUUCAAGAAAAUAAUAAUAAAAACAACAAUGCGGCGGAUCGCUCGAAAUCGACGCAAUCCGCUUCUCCGGAAGCUGCGGAUAAACAACAUGAGCGGAAGCGGAAAGUGCUUUUGAGUCCGAUUACUGAAUCCACGUAUCAGGAGGAGUGAGUUCCGCGACGAAAUUUGAUUGGCUUUGGUUUUCCAUACCAAGUUUUGAAGUUCUCGAGGAAAAGCGCAAAAUUUUCCACACCGAAAAUUUCCAGCCCAAAUUGGUAUGGAAAAAAUGCACUCUGGCAAUUUUUCCCUACCAAAAAUCGGGUUGGAAAUUUUUCGUUGUGGAAAAAUAAGCGCUUCUCCUCGAGAACUACGAAUUUUGGUGUGGAAAAAAAAUCACAUUUGCUGCCACAUGGCAAAAAUUAUCGAUUUUUUCCAGAUUUUCCCGCUUCGAAUACAUGAACAAUGCUCAAAACGCUCACACAAAACAUCAAAAUCACCUAGCAAAAUCCAAAGAUGUUCUAAAUCAAACGAAUUUCGAUCAAACCUAUGGAUUCCGGUAUAUCAAUAUAUCACUGUUUCAACGUGUCAGUUUUCAUUAUCGACAGGUAAAAUGCGAUUUUUGGCGCCAAAAACCCUACAGUACCCUUUUUCCAGGCCGCGAAAUGGAAGAAAUCCGAAUGGAUGCGAUUUCUAUCCUCCCGAAUGCCGAUAACCGGAUGGCUUUUGAACUACAAUUGGAAAUCCGAUCUGUUUAUGGAUAUUUUGGGAGGAGUUAUGAUAUCUGUGAUGAGUGUGCCGCAAAGUGAGUUGGCCACGCCCAUUUUUCUGUGCGGAGUGGGAAAUUCCCUGGAUUUUGAUAUAGAAUAGUCCAGGACACAAAAAAUAAGCUCCGCCCCCCCGCCCCUUCUGCGACGAAAUUUGAUGCUUGGCUUUGGUUUUCCACACCAAGUUUUGUAGUUCUCGAGGAAAAGCGCAAAAUUUUCCAUAUCGAAAAUUUCCAGCCCAAAUAUUGGUAUGGAAAAAAUGCACUCUACUUCUUUGGCAAUUUUUCCCUACCAAAAAUUGGGUUGGAAAUUUUUCGGUGUGGAAAAAUAAGGCUUUUCCAGGCCUGGCUUAUGGUAUGUUAGUGGGUGUUCCUCCCUCUUAUGGCCUCAUAACGGGAAUAAUCGGACCAAUAACCUAUGCCCUAUUCGGAACAUCUCGACAUUCUUCACCUGGAGCAUUUGCAAUUGUAUCUCUGAUGGUUGGAGGAGUUGUUGAAAGAUUGGGCUCCAGUGUUGCACAGCCUUUCAAUGACACUAUGAUUCUGACGAAUGAAAAUGGACCAGGAAUUGAGGAGUAUAUGUGUUGUAAGCCUGACAAACCGGCGAUUUCGGAGCAAACUGCCAUUGAGAUUGCUACAGCGGUGACGCUGCUGGUUGGAGUUUUUCAGGUAAUUUUGAAUUUGCAACGUGUUGCUCAGGUUAGGCGGAGCAUUUUGAGCCCGAACAUGGUUUUGUUUGAUCUCAAAAUGCUCCUCUUAACAUGAGCAAUCAUUUGAAAUUGUUAAAGGGUCAUACACUUUGAUCAACACUCGCGCAGGACUUGUUUGAUGUCAAAAUAAUCGUCUUAACAUGAGCAAUGCUCUGAAGAAGCUACUAUUACAGUAGGAAAAUUUAAAGUAACAUACACUCGCUCCGCUGGUAGAUUGAUCAUUUUGAGCCCGAGCGCUCUGCGCGAGUGUAGAUCAAGCUUCCGCGCAUGCGGCUCGAGCGGAGCGAGUGUGUAUGUCCCUUUAAAUUGGUCUACUGUAGCCUUAACGAGAAGUUAACAUGAGCAAUCAGCUAUAUUUCAGAUCCUGUUCGGCCUUAUGAAUGCUGGCCUUCUAGCAGUCUGGCUAUCAGAUCAUCUCGUUCAAGGUCUAACAUCCGGUGCCGCAAUCCACGUGCUAACAUCUCAACUCAAAUCAAUGACCGGAAUCUCAAAUGUUCCACCAACUUCCGAACCUUUUCAACUCAUUCAAUUCUACAUUUGUUUCUUCAAACAAAUUGCCUCAAAAACGCAAUUAUCCGCCAUUAUUUGCUCCAUCAUUUGCAUCACAUUGCUCAUAUUAUCCGCCUAUAUUAUCGAUCCAUUUUUGCGCAAAUGUUGUUCGUGUCCUAUCAAAUUUCCCAUGGAAUUGUUAUUGGUUAUUGGUAGCACACUGAUUGUUCAAUUUACACGACAAACUGAUUGGCAUUUUGAGAUUGCUAUUGUUGGACACGUGGAUUCGGGUAUUCCGACACCGAGGGUUCCAAGAUUCAGUGAUCCGUUUAAUAUGUUGGGUGAGGUUUUUUUUUUGAUUGCUCAGGUUAAGGGAAGCAUUUUGAGCCUAAACAUGGUGUUGCUCAGGUUAA